UUAAAAAUAUUUUUAUUUUUUAAAAUUUUUUAGUCAAAUGGAUUCAUUGAGUUAAAAUAUUUAUAAUAAAAUCUUCAAAUAGUAACCGUGUUCACGUAGAGCCUGACAAAAAAGAAGAAGUGGGCAAAGCCAUUGGAUUCAGUGACUUUUUUGUUGCUUAUAUACUGCUUUUGGUAUUAUUAUACAUGUAAAUGGUAUAUCCCAUAAGGUUGAUGGUGUUUCCUGUUCUUGAUUUUUUUUGGGGUUUUUCAAGAUUUCAUCUGUCACCAAACAAGAUUUUCUGAUUUUCAGCUUCUGGGGUUUUAUAAAAAAUGAAGUUGAGCUCUAUAUUUGUCGAAAGAUCAGUUCUUUUGUCUCAAUUUAUUUAAUUUGAGGUCUUGCUUUGCUUUCCUGUUCUGUAAAUCCACUGAAAGAUUGUUACUUUUUAACCUGUGAUUUGCUUAUUCUGGAUAGCUUCAAGACUCAUUACGUAAAAGGUUGUUUAAAUUGCUUCAGAUUUUUAGUUUCUGAUUUAGGAGAUUCCCAUGGAACCAAUGCUACUAUAGAUUUUUAGCCAGAAAUGUGGAAAAUGUAAUAUUUUAGUACAUUCCUUCCCAAAUUGAAGUGAUAAUGACGAAAAGUUUCAACCUUUGUAGUUCUUGAAAGUGGAAAAAGUUGGGAUUUUUAUUAUAAGGAGAACUGAUAUACAAGAAAUCUAUUAAGAUUUUGGAUUGAGUUUUUUUUUUUUUAAAGUAAUGGAGAAACAGGUUAGUUUCCAGGGUCCAACAAUGGAAAAGCAACAGAGUUUUCGAAAUGGGGCGACGGAGCAGCAGAAAAGCUUUAGAGGAAUAAUGGAAAAGCAGAAAAGCUUUAGGAUAGCAAUGGAGAGGCAAUUGAGUUUUGGUGGUGAGAGGAAAAGGGGUAAGGAAUCACCGGGGAAACGAGGGGAUUCGAUUCUCCACCUUGCAGCUAGAGGAGGGAAUUUAGGAAAAGUGAAAGAAAUUGUUGACAAGUUUGAUGAGAAAGGCAUAAAAGAUUUGCUAUGUAAGCAAAACCAAGAGGGUGAGACUGCUUUGUAUGUUGCUGCUGAGAAUGGCCACAGUUUGGUUGUUGCAGAGUUCUUGAAACAUUUAGACCUUGAAAUUGCUUCAAUUGUGGCAAAUAAUGGCUAUGAUACUCUCCAUGUUGCAGCAAGGCAGGGUCAUCUUG